GGGCAUCUUUCCGUGGAACGUCACAUGCAAAAGAGCCACACGCACGUUUAUGCCGAUGAAUUAUAGAUUAAAGGGAGGCAGAACAUGCAGAUUGGGUCCCACGCACAGACACGGUCCGACUGCCCUCGCCUCACCCACCGAUGACUGCGGAGAUGCGUCCUGACGAGCCCUGCUGAAGAGCUCCAGCGUUCAUCUGCGUUUGACAGCGUUCACUCACUGACAGCACGGCGAAGACAGCACGAUGCUGGGGUUCUGUAGAGCUGGGACAGCGCUGGCUCUCAUCCUGCUCAAUGCUCUGGUGCUCAUAGCUGCAGCGGACGAGGAGCUCAUCUUCAGCGAUCAUUUUCUGGUCCAGCUGCACGAGGGGACGACCGAAGAUGCUCAUCAACUUGCCCUGGAGCACGGCUUCGGGAGCGCAAGGAAGCUUCCUUUUGGCGAGGGACUAUUUCAUUUCUACCCGCGGGAAAUCCCUAAAACCAGGAGGAAACGCAGCCUGCAGCAGCACCGGCGCCUGGCGAAGGAUCACCGGGUGAAAAGUGUGUUUCCUCAGGAGGGUUUUGGCCGUCAAAAGAGGGGCUACAGAGAAAUCAGUAACAUUGACGUCAACAUGAGUGACCCGCUUUUCACCAAGCAGUGGUAUCUUAUAAAUACAGGCCAAGCGGAUGGGACCCCAGGGCUGGAUCUCAAUGUGGCAGAAGCCUGGAACAUGGGCUUCACCGGCAAAGGUGUGACCAUCGCCAUCAUGGACGACGGUAUUGAUUACCUACAUCCAGAUCUCGCCUUUAAUUACAACGCAGAAGCCAGCUUUGACUUCAGCAGCAACGACCCGUACCCGUACCCGCGCUACACAGACGACUGGUUCAACAGUCAUGGCACCAGGUGUGCUGGAGAGGUGUCUGCGGUUUCAAACAACAACAUCUGUGGAGUGGGCGUGGCCUACAACUCCAAGGUAGCAGGCAUUCGUAUGCUGGACCAGCCCUUCAUGACGGACAUCAUCGAGGCCUCGUCCAUCAGCCACAUGCCACAGGUUAUUGACAUCUACAGCGCCAGCUGGGGUCCCACCGACGACGGCAAGACGGUGGACGGCCCACGUGAGCUCACCCUGCAGGCCAUGGCUGACGGAGUCAACAAGGGUCGAGGUGGGAAAGGCAGCAUCUAUGUGUGGGCCUCCGGAGACGGUGGUAGCUAUGACGACUGUAACUGCGACGGAUACGCCUCCAGCAUGUGGACCAUCUCUAUUAACUCGGCCAUCAAUGACGGACGCACCGCGCUCUACGAUGAAAGCUGCUCCUCCACCCUCGCCUCCACCUUCAGCAACGGCCGUAAACGAAACCCUGAAGCAGGCGUGGCCACCACGGAUCUGUAUGGAAACUGCACACUGCGUCAUUCGGGCACAUCUGCUGCCGCCCCUGAGGCCGCUGGCGUGUUUGCCCUGGCGUUGGAGGCCAAUCCGAACCUGACGUGGAGGGACCUGCAGCACCUGACGGUCCUCACCUCUAAGAGGAACAAGCUGCAUGACGAGGUGCACCAGUGGAGGAGGAAUGGUGUGGGCCUGGAGUUCAACCAUCUGUUCGGAUACGGCGUGCUGGAUGCCGGAGGAAUGGUCAAACUGGCCCGGGAGUGGAAGACCGUCCCGGAACGAUUCCACUGUGUGGCUGGAUCCGUGCAGGAGAUACACAAAAUACAGUCAGGCAGCAAACUGGUGCUGAGCGUCACGACCGAUGUCUGCCAGGGCAAAGACAACUUUGUGCGCUAUCUGGAGCAUGUGCAGGCCGUCAUCACCGUCAACGCCAGCCGCCGCGGAGACCUCAACAUAAACAUGACUUCACCGAUGGGGACCAAGUCCAUCCUGCUGAGCCGCCGACCCCGGGACGACGACGCCAAGGUGGGCUUCGACAAGUGGCCCUUCAUGACCACCCACACGUGGGGUGAGGACCCUCGAGGAGCCUGGCUGCUGGAGGUGGGUUUCCAGGGCGAAGCCCCGCAGAGCGGCGUGCUGAAGGAGUGGACCCUCAUGCUGCAUGGAACACAGAGUGCCCCUUACAUAGACCAAGUGGUGCGGGACUACCAGUCCAAACUGGCCAUGUCCAAAAAAGAAGAGCUUGAGGAGGAAUUAGACGAAGCUGUGGAGAGAAGCUUGAAAAGCCUUUUGAGUAAAAGUAACUAGCCACGUGCAUGAAAAUAUCCUCUCUGUAUUAUUCGUAUAUUCCUAGGCCGUUCACUCUCGGCUUUCUCUUUUUUCUUGUGAUUAUUUGAUGAAUGUCUGAUGUGAGUCUCUCCUAUUAAAGUGUAUUCUCUGAAUGAUACAGCGGCCGCGAAAACCAUUUCGACACUUAAGACACGCUUGGAAACGUUUGAACAUCAUUGUGCCAAAUAUCACAGCAAGUGGCAUUUACAUUAAUGAAAGACAGCACAAGCACACUGUAUAAGCAUACACUUUACAAAAAGACCUUUGUCAGGUUUCAAUACAGUUCAAACAUCUACUAAAAGUCAUCUGGACAGCAGCUGGUGAAGUCAUUGCAGCAGUACCUCAGAAAGUUAGUUCUGAGAAAACCUCUAGCAUCAUUUGUAUAGAGUUUGUUUUUAAAUGUGUGACUUGAGUGUCCAAAUGCGUUUUUUCGCACCGCUGUAUGUCCCGGCGAGAAAAUAUGGCAUCUUACUUUCGAUGUUCCUUUUUUACACUUUACAGAAAUGUAUAUAAACCAAAUAUAUCAAUACUUUAUUAUGCUCUUGCUUACCCUGCUGUCCCCCACCUCUGCUGUACAGUUUGUGACUCUAAAUAAUUUUGUGUGAUUCU